AUGGCAUCUCCAUCUACCCAAGGGGGUCCAGGACCCUCCACGACCUCUCAAAAGCAAAAACGUAUUCAAGCUACUCGGUCACACUCAUCUCCCUCUUUGACGCAUUGGAUAGGUACCCCCGAAGGAGGUAUGAAAAGAAGCUGGAUUCCUUCUACGUCCCCUGGGGUAGCUAUAACUUGCAUGGAAGAUAAGAAAGGUGUUGGGAAAGUAGAUAAAGGAAAGGGUAAGGAUACAGGUGUAGAAGAAGGAUUGAGUCAACUCUACGUAACUCACGAGAAACAAGAACUUUCUUCUACUUCCUCUACAUCAAAUACAAGAAGACGAUCGCCCAUAAAGAAAUUUAUCGUCAUUCAGUCUAACGAAUCACGGACUCAAUCACAGCCAGAAUCAGGAUUAGAACCUAUACCUGACAAACAUGGGAACGUAAUCGCGGAUGAAGUACCCAAAGCUCAAGCGCAGCGGAACAGCUGGGGUAGCAGUCUGAUGGGGAGUGUAGUGACAGCUGGUGUUUUUGGUGCUGCUUUGGGAUUAACUGCUUAUCGAUUAUUGGCGAAUCAGCAACCUAAUGGAACAUCCGUCUCAGAAGUAUUACGAGAUGCUGAUGUCCCCAUGGAAGCAGAGGGUAUCGAGAAUGGAGAGGCGCAGAUACCCACCGAUGAAGAAGUGCAGAUAUCGAGGUCGACGCAUCAAUCUCAGGACGAAGCACGAAUAUCACAGGAAGAAGAGGAGGCAGGAUUAGGACAUAAUGGGUUUUUGGCCUCAGAUAUCGAUCCAGACGUUGCUCGUGCAACUGCUUCCAUACCAGAUCACCGCAUAGGUGAACCUGUAGGAAACAAUGUAGACAUUGGCCAAAAUCCUAUCUCGGAUCUACCACCCCCACCAGCUUACGAAGAGACAGUACAAACAGACAGCAAGGUGAAAGAAUGGGAGGAUGUUGAGAUCGACGAUCAUCUCGUCACACCUUCUUCCUCGAAGAUAUCCACUCUUCGAUCGAAGCCCUCUUCCAUGUUCUUAUCUCCCUCGUCUUCACCUUCACCCAAACCCCGCCGUAUCAGACACGCCAGGAUUCGUCGUUCGAGAUCAUCAAGAAAUGGUUGGAUGUAUAAUCAUCCUUUAUCAGAUUCGAGGUCAUUGCCUAGUAUCGAGAUCUAUCGUCUUACGCUAGAUGAUGAGGAAAUUGAGUCUACUUUCAGUGCUAGUCCAAAUGAAAUAGUGAAGACGCGCGUCAAGUCGCCCGGUACGGACGAAACGCGAGAUAACGAAGGGGACCUCAAGCUGUCACGAGACAGAAGCGAUGAUUUAAAUGGUCAGAAAGAAGAAGGCCAAGCGGAUGACGAACGGUCGAGCGAAAUGAUCUCGAGAUUAGAUUUGAUGUCACUUCAACUUACUGCCUUGAUAGAAGAAGGUAAGAAAGCUUUGGAGAGUACACCUGGAUUGGGUACGACUCCAAGAUGGGAAGAAGAGGGAAAUCUGUUCACUCCUAGUCGAGAAAACCGGAAGAAUGUUGGAGUUGAUGAAUUACGAGAAUCGAAUAUAGACAGGAGUAAUACUCAUAAGAAGACGAGAAGAGAAAGUAAGAUCCCAAUGAGAGUAGGAUCAGAUGUGCACCUCAAGCAUUCUUCGUCGUCGACUAGGCUCGAUACAGAUAAAGGACAUAGGAAAAUUGCGUCGUCAAGUGAAGUAGAGGGAUCACAACGAGAGGUUUCGAAAUCCAAGAUUCCGAUUAUGAGUAAAAGUAGGAGUGUGGUCAGUGGGUUGAAUGGUGUAUAG